AUGAAUAGUCUUUGGCCUGCAGCACGUAAUUCGUGCUUACAGACUCGGGCCAAUCUACAAAUAUGUUGGACACUUGAUGGUUUGCCCUCGAGGCUUGCGCAUGGAGCUAUACGACCUUAUUCGAUAUCUUCGACGCCCUUCCGCCGCAGGGAGUUAGGGUCAGGUAAAUAUAAAGGUGAAGGUUACGACUGGACGGGAAUUUUUGGAUUACAAUGCUCGAAGCGGUUUUAUACCCCGAAAAAGAAGGCAUCAAAGAUUCCAAAGAAUUCGACAUUACUCAAGGAAUUACCUAAGGGAUUAGCUCCCAAGAAAUUAUCUCCAAAGGCAGCACCUAAAAAGGGGGUAUAUACGAAAUAUGAGCAAUUACCAGCAAAUUACGAAGACCAAAUGGGUCUUGCCUAUCGAGAAGAUCCUAUAACAGAGGAAGAAAACCAGGCGAUUUUUGGAGCAGUAAUGGAUAUAGAUUCGGCGGGACGAUUCUUGAGAGUCUUACAUGGACGAAGAGUUGCUGGAACAUUACCAGAUCCGGAUGAGCCUGAUCAUUUGGCAUACUGGGAGGCCGUUGCACAGCGGAAAGCGUUAGCAUGGCUAAGGGAGAAUGUCCCUGUCGACGAGGAUGAAAAUGCGACCUUAAGGGCCGAACAGGAAUUAGCCGAGAUUGAGGGAGGGGUUGUUGAAGAUUCUAAGAGAAUUGGGAUAUAUGUACCGAAUGUUGGAGGAGGUCCAACAAGAGGGGGGAGAAUCAAUCUCAAUAUAUAUAAGUCGGACGAUUCGACAGAGCCAGCACAAGGAACCAAUAGUGUAUAUGGUGACAGUGGAUUAGAUGCCAUUAGGAAAGCCAAUCAAGCCAAUUUUGCUGCUCGGGAGAAGAAAAGGAAGGCAGAAGAAGAAAAAGUGAACCAAGCAGAUGAGAUGCGGCAAAAGUCGGGCACUUUAGAUCACGUCAAACCACGAUCAGGAGUAGAACCUCGUAGAAAGGGCGAAAACCCAUGGCUCAAACACUACGAAGCGCGGGCUCAAGAAACUGUUCCUACUGCCCUUCCCGAAAUGUCUGCUUUCGCUCGUCUUUGGCCAUCAGCUUUAGUGGUCCUUUUAACAAUUGGAGUUUCGUGCACAUUGGCGCAUUUCUAUAUACCUCCCGCCGGAGCCCUUCGCAUGUUCCCAGAUACCCCACCCGCCAUUACCACAGUCUCUGUACUGGUCCUCGCUAAUACCGUGGUACUUUUCCUCUGGCAUGUCCCACCUGCGUGGCGAAUGCUCAACAAAUACUUUAUGAUUAUUCCCGUCUACCCUCGAGCAUUAUCCAUGGUUGGAGCGGUCUUUUCCCAUCAACGUUUCGCUCAUAUCCUUGGAAAUAUGACUGUCCUCACCAUCCUCGGAGUCAAACUCCACGAUGAAAUUGGACGCGCUAAUUUCCUUGCCCUAUAUUUUUCUACGGGUGCAGUUUCUUCUUUCGCCUCGUUGGCAUGGUGGGUUUGGAAAGGUGCGUUUGUCUCGUCGUCUCUGGGUGCUUCGGGUGCUGUCUGUUCAGUACUUGCGGCGUUAUUAUGGUAUAGAAGGGAUGAGGGGAUCAGUAUUUUUGGGGUCUCCCCGAUGAUUCCUUCAUGGUUAUUGAUGGGACUACUGUUUGGGUUGGAAAUUAUGGCGUGGAGGAGAGUGAACCAAAGUCUUGGGAAACAGCUUUUAGAUCAUCAGUCGCAUUUAACGGGUUAUACAGCAGGUAUGAUUGGGGCGGAGGUAAUUAGGUGGAGGGAUAGGGUUAGGAAGAAGCAAGUUGAAGAGAGAAGAAGGAAUAUUGAGUCAGUGAUGCUUUAA